GAAACGAUCUUACACGCUGUAAUUAAACGCACAAUCUUCCUCGUACACCUCGCACAAUAUUUUACAUACACGCGCGUGUGUCCAUUGAACGUGUAUUGUAACGUAAAUGUACGCGCUAAUGGUUUUACAAAAAUUCGUUAAUUUUGGAGCUGUCCGUAUUUCUAAUGAGAGAGAGAGGAUAGCGUCUUUUUAACCUCCAAACUCGAUUCUCUCGUAAUCUCUCGCGUUUGCAUCAUCUCAACAGUAGCAUCGUAAUGGCGUACGCGUUUCGAAAAAUGAAUUUUACACCUUUCCCUGGAUUCACCGGCUCGCUGCCGACCGGCACCGUUCAUCAAUUUGCCACAGCGAAAUUCGCGCAGAACCUUACCACUGGAGGACAGGUGGUCGGAGUAUUAUCUGGCGGUGAAGGUGGUGUUCAUUAUUUGAGGCCGGUCGAUCCGAAUGGUUUCGCCGUGGCCCAAAGCGGUAAUAAUCAACAACAGCAGAUUAUUACCUUGCCCAUCACCGUCCCGGGGAAAGAUGGCACGCAGCAACAGCAAACUGUCCAGAUACAAGUGGUCAAUCCUAGCGUGUCUCAAAGCGGAAAUAGCGGCGAUCAGCCAAAGUAUCAUUUGGCACCGAUAUCCUUGAGUCAGUUCCCGCAGGGAGCAGCCACCGUUCUCACUGUUGCCUACAGUCAGCAAGGCGCGGACGGUGUCCAAAUUCAAGUGCAACCGCAAAACACCGUAGCGACUACGCAAACAUCCGAUCAAACGACACAAAGCACGUCCACCGCUGUGACCACUACGUCUCAACAGACGAUUCAGCAGACGGUGCAACUUCCGGGAGCGCCCGAAGGUUUGACCGUGGUCGCCCAGAUUCCUCAGGACUUGAUUCUGCGAGAAAGCAUAGAGGAGUCCAAGGAGGACGUGAAGGAGGGUACGACCCCCGUGGCCCUUAUCAAACGAGGCAGUGUCAAGAGUCAAGGUAAUCAGAGCGGGGAAGAGUUCAUUACUUCUAUGCCUGCCAGCUGGCAGAGCCUCGCUGCUCCAGGAUCCACGGUCGCGGAUUAUCUCUCUAGACUGCCUACAAGUACUUUACCCCUUAGUCUGCAACACUUUCUCAAGUUUUCGGCGGAAACUAUUAAAAGGGAAGCUACCAUUGAAUCGAGUCCCCUUGGCGCGGAUGGUCUCGACGCUUCCGGAAGCACAGCUUCGGGAGAGCAAGCUGUGCAGAUUACAGUCGCCGGAGGAGAAACGGCCAUCAUUCCCGACGUUGUCGAAGAACAGGAGGCAGGAGCGAAACCGAAGCGAAAAAAGAAAUACAAAAAGAAACCACCAAAACCGAAGAAACCAAAACCAGGACAAGUAAGCAUAGUUACCGCUCUCGAUGGCACGACCCUAUUUUGCUGUCCUCAAUGUAAUAUGGCGUACCCUGAGAAGGAAAGUUUGGAACAGCAUCUGAUCGGGCACAAAAUAGAGAGGAGAUUUAUAUGCGACAUUUGCGGCGCUGGUCUUAAACGGAAGGAACAUUUGGAGCGGCACAAAUUAGGUCAUAAUCCUGACAGGCCUUUUAUUUGUUCCGUUUGCAUGAAGGGCUUUAAACGAAAAGAACACUUGAAUCUUCAUUUUGUUAUACAUUCUGGACAAAAGACCGAAGUUUGCACCGAAUGCGGCAAAGCGUUCUAUCGGAAAGAUCAUCUUAGAAAGCACGCGAGAUCUCACCUUACUAAGCGUGCUAAGGAGGAUCCAUUGAAUACGAGUGAUACGACGCAGAAUCAACAACAGGCGGACCAACAGCAACAAGUGGAACAAAUGCAACAACAGUCCUCGGUGCCCGAGUUGCAGCAAAUUCAAAUACAAGUGGGACAAGGUUCUCAGGCGCAGAUUCAUCAGAUAUCCGUUAGUGAGCAGUCUACCGUAGUUUUGCCUACAGCGGCUGAAACUGGAGCUAUGACUAUGCUUCAUCAUCAACAGCAACAGCAGCAACAACAGCAGCAGUCGCAGCAGCAGCAGCAGCAAUCGCAGCAGCAGCAGCAGCCACAGCAACAGCCGCAACAGCAGCAGCAGCCGCAACAGCAGCAGCAGCAUUAGCAACAGCAUACCGCCCCGAAUCAACUUGGGCGGUACUUUCGUUUCAAUCAUCAGCACGCCAGAGGUCGUACGCGACACAGCGUACUCGCUGAUUG